AUUCACAUAGAUAUAAUCUUUGUUGAGAGAGUUGAGUGGAGACUUUGUGAUUAUCCACUGAAGAGAAAAUAUUCGAAAAACAGAAGCAAUGGCAGAAGGCGAUGGUGAAGAGAGCGUGACGCUAGAUCUUCUGAAGAAGAAAAUGGAUGAUUUUGCAAAAGCAAGAGACUGGGAACAAUACCACAGCCCAAGAAAUCUGCUUCUCGCUCUCGUGGGAGAAGUGGGAGAGCUGUCGGAAAUAUUUCAAUGGAAAGGGGAGGUUCAAAAAGGGCUUCCUGGGUGGAAAGAGGAAGAGAGAACUCACGUCGGAGAAGAACUAUCAGACGUCUUGCUUUACCUCGUACGGCUGUCGGAUAUGUGCGGGAUUGAUCUGGGUAAAGCUGCCCUCCGCAAAAUGGAGCUCAAUGCACUCAAAUAUCCGGCGCCUCUCAACAACGAAGACCAUGAAAAUCAGUAGUAAUUCUUCAACCACUCUGUUUUGGUUUAAUUUAACUCUUUUGUAUUUGUGGCUCUCGAUCAUUACAUUUUUUAUUUAAUUAACGAGAUGGAACUGCUGCUGCUUUUGUUGUUUAA